GAACGGUCAGAUGGACCGAUGGAGACACAGGAUGGCUAUCCGGACCGCUGAAGCUUUGGACAUGUGAGCGAAUUGAAUUCUCCAAAAAAUACACUUUUGGCCAACUCUGGUGUGGCUGUGUAAGGAAAAGCCAUGCCGCUGGUGAAAAGAAACAUUGAACCCAGGCACCUGUGCCGUGGGGUGCUGCCCGAGGGCAUCGGCAGUGAGCUGGAGUGUGUGAUGAACAACACGCUCUCUGCCAUCAUACGCCAACUCAGCAGUCUGAGUAAACAUGCUGAAGAUAUAUUUGGAGAGCUCUUCAACGAGGCGAACAUGUUCUAUUUGCGGGCAAACUCUCUACAGGAUCGAAUUGACCGACUUGCUGUCAAGGUUACACAGCUGGACUCUACCGUUGAAGAGGUCUCUCUUCAGGACAUAAACAUGAGGAAGGCUUUCAAAAGCUCUACUGUACAGGACCAGCAGGUGGUCUCCAAGAGCAGUGUACCGAACCCGGUGACCGAGAUGUACAACUUGAGUGACAAACCCCCACCUCUUAAUAUUCUCACACCCUACAGAGAUGAUGAUAAAGAAGGUCUGAAGUUCUACACUGACCCCUCCUACUUCUUUGAUCUGUGGAAGGAAAUGAUGCUACAAGACACAGAAGACAAGAGGAAAGAAAAGAGACGACAGAAGGAGCAGAGGCAAUGUGUAGAUGGCACACUGCAGCGGGAGGUUAAGAAGGUGCGAAAGGCACGAAACCGCAGGCAAGAAUGGAACAUGAUGGCCUUUGAUAAGGAGCUGCGACCAGACCAUCGACAUGCUCACACUGUGCACAGAGGACGCUCUACUGAAGGCACCAUGUCCCCAGAGCACAGGUCUCAUGGCCAAGAUCAUAUAGAUCAUGGUUAUCUCAGCAUGGCUAACCAUGCUGGCCACGCCCACACUUACUCUGGGCCUCGACCCAGUAUGGCAGCCCUGGCAGCUCAUGCCCAAAUAAACAUGGACCAGGAUUACAGAGCUGGGUCUAUAGCAUACCGUUCUAGCCGUCCACAUCAGGCCCCGCCACCUCCUCCACCAACAAACACAAUGAAUGGCUCCAUGACACAUCCACCUGUCAACUACAGUGUGGAUUACAUGAAUUCUGGCCCCCAACCUCCACCACCAGCUGCUAUUCCAUCAGCACAAACUGCUUUUGCAAUGCCACCCUUGGGCCCAGUCCCACCUCCAGGUCAUCUAGGACCAAUGGGAGUAGUUGCUGGCUUUGCCCCAUCUAUUCCACUUACAUCUGGACCAACAGUUGCCCCUCCUCCACCAGUAGCCCCACCCCCUCUUCCCAGUGCAUGCCAAUCAAUCACUCCAAAACGACCAUCUAUGCCUAUUGAGGCCCAGCCCAUAAACGAUGCUCGCAGUGACCUGCUCGCAGCUAUAAGAAUGGGUAUUCAGCUGAAAAAAGUUCAAGAGCAGCAGGAGCAGCAGGCAAAACGAGAGCCGGUGGGCAAUGAUGUCGCCACCAUCUUGUCUCGCCGUAUAGCUGUGGAAUACAGUGACUCUGAGGAUGAAUCUGAGCUAGAGGACAAUGACUGGUCUGACUAAAACAAUGCAUAAUAACUUACAAGAACAUACAAAGGUUCACAAUACAAAAUUCACUAACAAACGUUAACAUUACAUUUCCAAUGUACUGUAUAAAAUGUUCUUGUAUACAGGGUCCAAAAUUAACUUUUUGCCACAGGUGCCAAUAGCGGGUGAAUUAAGAAAAUUAACCUGCUGUAAAUUAAAAUUUUGUUCCUUAUGACAAUAGAAUUAUUUAGCUGUUUUUCCUUAUAUAUUAGCGACAAAAAACACGGGUCAGUGCGUUACUCACAGCAUCAUAUACAAGAUCAGUGUCGGUCUCUCAAUAAUACUGCACCUGUCACAAAACCGCAAAGACACAUCCUAACUUUUGUUCCUUAUAAUUUAUUUUUGGUGGCUUAAUGUGAGGAACAAUAUGGGUUGCCUCAUGGUGUUGAAAGUGAUCACACUUCAUCGAGACUCCAACUAUAGUUGUUAUUGUUUGACUUACACCAUGUAUCAUGUUUCUAUUUAAGUUUCUAAUAAAGUUACCUGCCAACUCUGGGAAAAUUUUUACUUGCGUUUUACAAGUGUUAAUUUUGGACCCUGCUUGUAUUUAUGAAGGCCGUCUAUAUUAUCGAUUACUUAACAAAAUAGCCAAAUAGCUACACUGGUGGCCAAAAGUUUGGAGUAAUGUAAAGAUUUUUCUCUUAUAGAAAGAAAUUGGUACUUUUUUCACACCUUUGUAUGAAAUCUAAGAAUCGUAUAGCCUUCAUUCCUCAAAACAAUAAUUGACUGACGAGUUUCUAGAGAAAGCUGUUUUUUACCUAAUAUUGAUCUUAAGACAUGCCAGUCUAUAUAUGCCACUCAAAAACAAAGACAAUGUUAAGCUUCAUUUAACAAACCAAAUAAGUGAUUUUCUAGUACCAAAUUUGCAAUUUAGCACGAUUACUCAAGGAUAAGGUGUUGGAGUGAAGUCUGCUGGAAAUGGGGCCUAAAAAUGACUUUGUUCAAAUAGUGAUGGUGCUGUUUUUUUUACAUCAGUAAUGUUCUGACUAUAAUUUGUGUUCAGUUGAAUGCCACUUUGGUAAAUUAAAGUACCAAUUUCUUUGCGAAACAGCAAAAUCUGUACAUUAUUCCAAACAUUUGGACACCAGUGUUAUUAUUAUUAUUUCUUAUAAUGAAUUUUAAUGAAACGCUUGUUAAUAAAUCAUAUUGACAUAAGUUGUAUAUAGCAACUGAAAAAAUAUACAAAGUACGAUGAGGUCAGCAAAACAGAUUCUGAUCAGCUCUGAGAAAUUUCGGAAUGUGCAUGAAAGUUUAGAUAUUCUGUAUAUUGAGAUUUGAAGUUAGUAAUUAUAUUUGUGUGAACUGACCUGUGGUGUAGACUUAAACUACCUGAUUUUAGGUAACACUGGAUUGUGUUCACUUAGUGUUGUCUGGUGUGUGCGUGUGUGUGUGUGUGUGUGUGUGGUGGGUGUGUGAUGAAAGGACAGCUGUUGGCACGGCCCCAUGACAAUAAAAAUCUGACAAAACACGUUAAAUCACAUCGCUCUCUGUUCCUGCCCCUGACUGUCUUCGUCAUGGAAACAGGACAGUUUAGAUUCUGAGACACAUGUCUCUAUGGAAACAGUACAGCUGAGACUCAGAUCUCCAUGGCAACAGUGAAUUUGAGGCACUCAGCCAAUUGAUGUGCAUGUGUGAAUAAACCCAGGCAAGUAUAUUUAAUGCACAGCACAUUCUUUUAAUACAAAAUUAACAAGAUCUCUCAAUUCAUUACCAAAGCAAUAAAAGUAUACAACUAACACCUUGGAAAAAUAUACAACACGUUAACACAAUGUCUUAGUUAAUUAGUGCAUGUUGAUUCUAAUUUUUUACAAUAUUGUUUUGCAGAUAAGUCAUUUUUUUGUGCCUUUUAUCAUCAAAAAAAUAAAGUGCAUUUCACAGUUAAAACUACACAUAUGUGUACACAAGAUGCUGAAACUGAUGCACCCAACUGCCACUUGGAUUGUUCAAGAUACCAUUUCAAUUUCAGUCUGUUCAUAAAAGAAAAGUAAAUAUACAGUAGAACAGAACUAAUCUGAGUUUUACUGUUAAUGUAAAAAUUUGCCUUACAACUGUAAGGCACAAAACCAGAGGUUCAACCCACAUGAUUUCUUCUACUAUGCUCAUUAAUUAAACUGGAAUAAGCAACACACUACAAUUCAAGCCCUUUGUCACUGGCAAACCCACCGGUCCCAUCGGUAUGACAUCAAAGUCAUUAUUUAGUCAUUGUGAAGCUCUUACAUUGGAUUACGGAGCACAAUCAGUUGAAUACAUGUCUACUUAAAUCAAACGUUAAAUUGGCAAACAUGCAUCCACAUGUGGAGGAUCCAUCAGAGAAAUCGCAGUUGUUGUCGACCAGGCACAACGCAUGAUAACAUCAUUGUACAAAUCUCUUUUCAAAAACAGAUGGAAAAAUUAUGUUUUAGAUAGAGGCCUAAACCCAAAGCCACACAAUAAUCUCUGAGCCAUAUCGGAAUGAACGGCUGUGGAUCAAGCAUAAACCCUCUCAAUCUGCUGUAAACAAGCAUGCCCAGGCAAUAGGAGAUGGUAUGCAAAAGUCAAUACAAAAAAUUGGAAUGUGGCCCAAAGGUUGCAGAAUGACACUGAGAUACUGUGAGAUAUGUCAUCAUGCCUUUCAAAAGUUGCAUGCUUUAUCUACAGGAUAAAAAUUAUUGAUAGGAUGCCAUAGGAACAGAACAAUAAAAAUGUCUUUAUCAGUACAUUCGGAAGAGGCUGUACAGUGCAUCAGAAUAUAAAAUAAAAUCUCAGUAGUUCAGAAAGAAUCAAGACUGAGGGGAAAAAUAGAGACUUUCAAUUAAUAUAGUAAAAUAAAUGAUUCCUCAAAGGACAAAGAAUUCUCUUUUGUUUCUCAGAUCUGGCUCAAAGCAGCCUAACAACUUGACAAAAUGUGCCAGGCCCAUCAUAUUUUUUGUCAUAAUCAUCAAGUCUAUGCUAACCACCUUUAAGCUCUAAUAAAGGGAUAGUUAACCCAAAAUGAAAAUGAUGUCACCCUCAUGUAGUUCCAAACACUAUGUUAGGCAGAAUGUUAGAGACUGACAGCCUCAGUCACCAUUCACUUUUAUUGCACCUUUUUCCAUUCAAUGAAAGUAAAUGGUGACUCUGCUGGUCAGUUCCUAACAUCUUCCAUCACAUCUCCUUUUGUGUUUUACAGAAAAAAGAGAGUCAUACAGGUUUGGACAUACAUAAGGGUACCCCCCUCAUUUUUGGGUUAACUAACACUAACUAACUUUAAAAUUUGCAUACCUGUUCGAUACACCUCAUGUGCUGUUUCAAUCAAAUAAUCAAGAGGUCGCAAGGUGCGUCCGACCCGCAGGCACGAUGUAUAGAGGGUACCUCUCUUGAAAUGAUGGGAAGUCUGGUAGCCACUCUAGCCCAUGCAGGUCUAUGGAGAAUAUACAUUAUAAUCCCCAACUACAUUGUCCCCAGAGAGACAGACUUGUAGCUCACAAACAUGCAAGCAUUCACGCACACACACACACACGCACGGCCAUGCAGGUUGUAUGCACCGACGCAGACACACAUCAGUCAUAUGCGCACAAAAUGAACACAUUCCUCACGUUAUAAACAUCUCUAAGGUUCACAAAAAGCAAAUGCAUACUGCAGAGUAGGUCACAUUGAGUGUACAGAAAGAUUUUAUCCAUAGUUAGAUAUUGUAAAUGGCCAUAGGGAGGGCACAAUCAUCUUCUGGAUGGAACACGAGGCAGUGAGAUUAUGGACAUGUUUACAGGGAUUGGGUCAUUGUCCAGUUCAGAUUUUUUUAAUCCCAAAUUCGCUCACAUCAUUAGGGUUAUGUUGUAAUAAGUACAGUUGUCCGUUGUUUUUGGAAUCCACUCUUUGAAUCAUUUCGUGGUAGGUAUUUCUAGAAGUUCUCGGCUAGCUGAGGUGUUUGUUUUGCUCGGGCAAGGCUGUUAUUGCUGCCAGAAUAUUGCUAUCAUUUGAUGAAACACUCAGUCUGUAGUUAUUGCUUGCAGAUGGAUUCUGCAACAGCACUGAAAUGAAAAGUACCUGGUUGACAUUUGAUAGUCAUUUAGCUCUAAAGCAGGGGUGAACAUUAGCUCUUAAUAGUAAGGUGACUUCAGCAUCAGCUGUGAGGAAAGUACUGAAACAAGGUCACGAUACACUUUCAUCAUAACAUUACACCCAAAGGUCAACUUUUUUGCACACUUUUUCUCUUCAUUAAAGUUUUGUCAUUUUAGACAGGAGAUUUUCCAAUUAUCUAACUUUUAUGGCUCAUUUGAGGGCGAAAGUGUACAGCAUCUUGGUUGAGCUGACACAUAAUUUAUCAUGACGUUAAGUCUCCAUUAUUUGUGUAGGUAAAUGUCACCUGAAAACAUGUCUGGGUCAUAUUUUACCCCAAAAUCAAAAGAAAAACA